AUGUCGCAUAGGAAGUUUUCGGCACCCCGUCACGGCUCCUUGGGUUUUACGCCCAAGAAACGUAGCCGUCGUAUCCGUGGAAAAUGUAAAGCCUUCCCAAAAGAUCGAAGGUCUGUUCCUCCUCACCUCACUGCCUUUAUGGGUUUUAAGGCUGGCAUGACUCAUGUUGUUCGGGAUGUGGAUCGCCCUGGAUCUAAGGUCCACAAGAAGGAGGUGGUUGAGCCUGUAACCAUAAUUGAGUGCCCUCCGAUGGUCAUUGUCGGAAUCGUUGGCUACAUUCAAACGGCUAAGGGCCUUCGAACAUUCAAGACCGUCUGGGCGGAGCAUCUAAGUGAGGAGUGUCGUCGUCGCUUCUACAAGGACUUCUGCAAAUCCAAACGGAAGGCUUUCACCAAGGCUUCAAAGAAAUGGGCCGACGAAGCUGGUCUUGCUGCCAUUAACAGUGAUCUGCGUAAAAUGAAGAAGUACUGUACAAGAAUCCGAGUUAUCGCCCACACUCAGAUGAGGCUGAUGAAGCACCGUCAAAAGAAAGCCCACUUGAUGGAAAUUCAAAUUAAUGGUGGCACCAUCUCACAGAAGGUUGAUUGGGCUCGCAAUCAUCUAGAGAAACAGGUCCCCGUUGCGAAUGUGUUUGCCCAAGAUGAGAUGAUUGACGUUAUUGGCGUUACAAAGGGUAAAGGUUUCAAGGGUGUCACAUCCCGUUGGCACACAAAGAAGUUGCCCCGUAAGACCCACAAGGGUCUCCGUAAAGUCGCCUGUAUCGGUGCGUGGCAUCCGGCCCGUGUUGGUCGCUCUGUUGCGCGUGCCGGUCAAAAGGGUUACUUCCACCGCACCGAAAUGAAUAAGAAGAUCUACCGCAUCGGCCUGGGUGUUCAAGCUCAGAUUGAGGCUGCUAAGAUGGAGGCAGCAAAGGAAGACAACAAGGAAUUAGCUGCUCUGAUUAAGCCGAAGGGCAACGCCUCCACUGAGUACGAUUUGACUGCCAAGAACAUUACCCCGAUAGGCGGUUUCCCUCAUUACGGUGAAGUCAACAAUGACUACGUCAUGAUCAAGGGCUGCUGCAUGGGCCCACGCAAGCGCGUUAUAACGCUUCGCAAGAGCUUGCUCCAACAAACCAGCCGCCGAGCGCAGGAGAAAGUUGUCCUCAAGUUCGUUGAUACGUCCUCCAAGUUCGGUCACGGACGGUUCCAGACGCGCGCCGAAAAGAAGGCGUUCUUGGGUCCUCUCAAGAGCGAUUUGCAACGCCCGAAGGCUGCGGCGUAG